GUUUUUUGGCGCUCAUUGUAAAGAAAGGAAGUCGUUUGGUGGAUACACAACAGUAUUUCUGUAAGAUAUGGAGGAUCCUAUUACCACUGUCAUAAUAACUACAGUUCAGGCCCUCUGCUGGUUAGAUCGAGAUUCGGAGAAACAAACUAUCGAUAAUCUGAUAGCUAAGUAUUUUUCAAAGGAAAAGAAAAAGUUAGAUGAACUUGUUAACAAAGAAUACACCGAGCUUUAUGAAGCAACGAAAAAUAAAGUUGUUCAAAAUUAUUUAGGUGAGAUAGAGCAGCUAAUGGAAAGGGAGAAAGAAGGAGAAGAAUAUAAAAAUAAGUCAAAAGAACUGAGAGAUGCUGUGAAGAGUAGUCGCAUUAAAAAGGAUGAUGGAGGAUUGGGUAAAAAAUUUCUGAUUAUGAGCUUGAACAUGGACAAAGGCAAAUCGGUUGGCGUUGGACACGUUGAAUUCGCAACAAGUCUUUUAAGGGUGGUUUUGGACCACGUGCCGAUUGAUGUUGUCUUUGUACAGGAAGCGCAAAGCAAGAAGAAAAUGAAUGAAAUAUGUGGUGAGACAUAUUCCUGGGAAGGAGUGGAAGGAUCGCAAGUUAUUAUGUAUAACCCUAGAUUGUUUGAAUGUGAUCAUAAGUCAUUUGAUACUAAGAACACAAAUAUGAAAGGGUUGAGAGACCGUAAAUGUGUUAGUUUAACAGACCUCACAAGAUUGAAAAUAGUUAAGCUGACGUUGAAAGACAAUCCGAAUGUAUCGUUUCUUGCAUGUUCAUGGCAUGGUGCUUACACAGGACAAAAGAAGAAGGUUGAAAGAAAAGACUACCAAGAUCUCCAAACAUUUUUAAAAGAAGUGAGCAAGGCACAUCAAAAUAUACCGUAUGUACUGGGUGGAGAUUUUAACUUUAACACAAUUGGUGCAAAUGAAAGAGAAGAAAAGUUAAAUCCUGUGCAGGAGGGUAACCUUUUAUGUAGCUACGCUUUAUCACCAAGGGCUGAAUCAAAAUCAAAAUCUUAUACUCCAUACAAAGAUAACUUUCUGUGUAAGUAUCCAGAGUUGAAACUCGAGUGGAUCCAGGUCCUACCGUUCAUCAACAACCAAAAUCAAAAUCAAAAUGGUAUAUCUGAAGAGGAGAAAGGUGAAUUAUUAGGAGUUAAUACAUCCUUAAACGACUCAACAGGAACGAUUGAGGAUCUCCUAGACCACGACCCAUUGAUUGCUGUUCUUACUUUCACAACUAAAAAUGAUGCAGAAAAGAAAGAGUCAAAAGUUGAACAAAGAGAUGUGAAUAAGUUGGCUGAUUCAGUAAAACAACAACUUUCGUUCAAGGAUUGCUAAAUUUUGCCGCGAAGAGUGCUCUCCGUAGUCAGUUUGACAUGCAUUUUUAUUUUAUAAUUUUUAAACAAGCGUAAUUUACCACAAAUUUAGAUAAACAUAUUAAGAGAGCCUUGCAAAACACGAGUAUGUUAAGGACAAAAUAAUAUCUGUUAUAUAAUAUUUAGCAUUUUUUCCGUAGGUUAUUUUAAUUCUCUUUUUCGUGCAUAUUUUUAUAUAUGAGCGUCUUCGUAGCAAGAGUAUGAUAUGUUAUUUCAACAGUUAUUUGUCUUCUGGGAGUUUCCUGGUCUACAAAGGUGUUUAAUUAGACAGCCUUAUUACAUAUUUUUAAUCUUGUAACAAUUAAAUUUAUUGAAUUUAAUACUGUAACACUUUACUACUGUAUAUACCUUUGUUUACGAAAAAUAUCUAUCUAUCUAUCUAUUUGAGCCCUUUUGACAUCCGACUGAUAAUUUAUUUAAAAAGCUCAUUUAACAUUCAAAAACACAACUUGCAUCUAAAAUAGUAGCUAUCCGAUUGUUGUUUUAAAAAAUAGGUUUUGGCAAACUUGACUGGUGUAAGGAGAAGUUUAUACCCCUUAUUUUCGCUCUACCAAAGUUGGAGUUACAGUUAGAUAUUUAGCAAUGUCCUUUCAUACUUUGUUGUUCUUGUUGCUUUUUAACAAUAAAAAAUGUGUAGAGGUCAACAAUGCUUAAUUUUGCUGAUGUUUUUUCGUUUGUUGAAAAUCUUCCUGUGCGCUACACUUCAACUUACUAAUGAAAAUUAAAUUCACUUGCAUUUUCAAAGAAAUCUUGGGCGAGGUAAAAAGUUAGUCAGCAUAUCUUUUCUCGCUUUUGUCUAGCAAACUAGCUAGCUAAUAAAAAUAAAAUAUUUCUUACCUAAUAAAAUACAUAAAUUCUAACUCUUCCACCAAACAACAGCAAGAGUAAAAGCAUUGACCAGAUUAAUAGUACUUGUUCGUGGUCUGUAAGGGGAUCAGUUUUACAACCUGAAUUUUUAGGUGUUUGAGACCAUCAUCUGGAAAAAUUGAUAGUGACUGUUUCAAACAAUGGUUGAUUUAACAAAAUCUUAUGGUAAAUAAGACAUAAAAAAUUGGAAAUAACAUCAAUAACACAAUCUUUAUCGGCGACAUGUGGACAAUUUUUUAAACAAUGGCAAAAGGGCGGGGUAAUUAUUAAGGCGGGCUUGUGAGAGAGGCGGGAAUAACAGUAGAGAGGAAAUAAUAUAGAAGAAAAAACUUUGUGGUAUUUCCUGGAAGCAAUUAACAGAGUAGCUACAUUUCUCAACAUUAGUGACGUGAGGUAAACGAAAUCAGAUUUAGAUGUUUUCCAUCGUGACAAAGUGUUUCCAGACCUCUUACGCAAAUAGACAGAAAAUGCAGUGAGUAAUUAAGGAUCCUUUGAAAAUAUGACUUGAAUUAAGUUUAGAUUUAGAACAUGGCAAAAUGAUUCUACUACCCACAAAUUGGCUAUUUAAACCAUAUCAUUUAUAUUUAUCCAUAUCAUUUAUUUUAUUUAUUUUUAUUUAUUAGCCGCCUUUUAUUACCUGCUAUUCGUCCGUCCGUCACAGCUUUUCUCUGGAUCCGCAACAAAGUUACUUAUCAAUAAAUGCUCGAAAAUGACAUUUUUGAAUUUUUUAAAAAAACACAUAAUGGCGCCAUUUUCGGCAAAAUAACUAAAUUUGCCCAAAAUGGAGAUUUUUUUCUCAUCAGAUCAUCAUUACUUUCUCUGUAAAUGGUGUAAAAUGUUGGUACAAAUCAUUAUCUACAAAUUU